AUGCAUCCGCCACAGCAGCAUUCGCGGAUCAAUCUUGCUGAAUUGAAAGCUCAAAUAGUGAGGAAACUUGGGCCAGAGGGGUCCAAGCAGUACUUCUAUUAUUUGAAUAGGUUAUUGAGUUUGAAGAUUAGCAAGGUUGAGUUUAAUAAGCUUUGUGUAAGGAUUUUAGGCAGAGAAAACAUUCCCCUACAUAAUCAGUUCAUUCGCUCAAUCUUGAAGAAUGCUUGUAGUGCAAAAGUUCCGCCGCCAAGUCAUGACAUUGAUAUUGUGAAGUCCAUUACUGCAGUUGGGAGUAAAGAGACUCCCAAUGAUGGUUACCACCAAAAUGGGUCCCAUAGUGCUGCAGCGCAGGCUUCCAACCUGCAAGGUUUGCCAAAUGGUGACAUGCUACCUUUAUCACCACGAAAGGCCAGGACAGGGUCUCGUGAUCGGAGAGCUGGGGAUCGUCGCAGUGCUCUUGGGCCAAAUGGGAAGACAAACUUUUCUUCUCCGCAAAUAGUAAUUAAAGAUUCGGGUGAUUUUAGUGUUAUCUUGGAGAAUGGGAUCUCUCAUCCACCUGAUCUUCAAGGAUCAGUGCAGCAUCAUCAAGGACUUAUGCAGCAGGUAGAGAAUGUCCAGGAGGCUUCAGCUCUGCAUCCUGUUAAGCUUUCAGCAACAAAGGGGCCACAAGAUGGUCUAGUUUCUCUACAUAGCAAGGACCAGAAUGAAGCGUCAGACAGAGGAGCUGCAAAAGAGAUGCAUGCUAGGAGUCAGUUGCAAGCCCCGCUUGGAGUUCCACUUCUCCCAGUCAGUGUAGGUGGGGCACGCAGAGCAUUGCCCAUAGCAAGUAGCAGUAAAUUUGUUAGUACUUUGAAUUCUGGUGUCUUGUUGGACAACAUAAAUCUGAGAGAGCGCAUGGAGCAGAUUGCUGCAGCACAGGGCCUUGAAGGGGUCUCGACUGAUUGUGCUAAUUUGUUGAAUAAUGGUUUGGACGUUUAUUUGAAGGGAUUAAUUAGCUCUUGUGUCAAUCUUGUGGCGGCAAGAUCAGGACAUGAACCAAUAAGGAACAAGAAGCAUCAGGCACCUAUGAAGCUUGUUAAUGGUGUCAGGCCUGGUCAUCUUUAUCAGAUGCAGAAUAGCGGUAGGCCAUUAGAAGUCGUGCCUGAGCAUAGACCACAUUGCCCUAUUUCUUUGCAAGACUUUAGGGUUGCCAUGGAGCUGAAUCCGCAGCAGCUUGGUGAAGAUUGGCCCUUGUUGCUGGAGAGAAUUUGUACACAUGCAUUUGAAGAAUAA